AUGAGAACCGGUGUCCCACCGGGCUGCAGGCUACGGCAUCUGAGCCAGACCCAGGGGCCUCCUGAUUACCCCAGCUUCGUGGAGUCUGUGGAUGAAUACCGUUUUGUGGAGCGCCUGUUACCCCCCACCAGCAUCCCAAAGCCCCCCAAACAUGAACAUUAUCCCACACCUAGAGGCCCCCCACCCAACCUGCCCUUCUUUGUGCGGUGCUCUUGUAUGCACAAUCCGGUCUACAAGGACAUCACGCAUGGAAACCGUCAGAUGACUGUGAUCCGGAAGGUGGAGGGGGACAUUUGGGCCCUGCAGAAGGAGGUGGAAGAUUUUCUGAGCCCGCUGCUGGGGAAGACACCUAUCACCCAGGUCAAUGAGGUGACAGGUACCCUUCGGGUCAAGGGCUACUUUGACCAGCAGCUCAAAACCUGGCUCCUGGAGAAGGGCUUCUGA